AGGAAGCCGAUUUUUUGCAGACCUUAGCACGGCGGCCUCUAAUCAUCAGUUCGGGCCUUGUUUUUUCCCCCCAAAGUCUCCUUAUCCCGUGAUUCCCAACUUAGUCCUUGGCUUGACUAUUCCUCAUCCCCUUUAACUAGUUUCCUGCACUUUUUAAGUCUGAAAAUACUGUAAAGAGGAGAAACAGGGGCUGUAGAAAAGCCCUUAAAGCUCACCUGCCCGCCCCCCCCCCCUUUUUUUUUGAGAACGGUGAUUUUCCACCUUCCUUAGCUGCCCGAGAAACAGUUAUUUCAAUCCCAGUCCCGAGCUUCAUUUGCUCUUUUCCCUUUCCGAUUCUAUAAGAGCCCUGGGCCACCAAGCGUUAUGGAGAAGCGCCUGCAGGAGGCUCAGCUGUACAAGGAGGAAGGGAACCAGCGCUACCGGGAAGGGAAGUACCGGGAUGCCGUGAGCCGGUACCACCGAGCUCUGCUUCAGCUGCGAGGGCUAGACCCGAGUCUGCCUUCCCCGAUUCCUAGUCUAGGCCCACAGGGCCCGGCUCUAACACCCGAACAAGAAAACGAACUGCACACCACCCAGACAGACUGCUACAACAAUCUGGCUGCCUGUCUCCUUCAGAUGGAGCCAGUGAACUAUGAACGAGUGAGGGAAUACAGUCAGAAAGUCCUGGAACGACAGCCUGAUAAUGCCAAGGCCUUGUAUCGAGCUGGAGUAGCCUUUUUCCAUCUGCAGGACUAUGACCAGGCUCGGCAUUACCUCCUGGCUGCUGUGAAUAGGCAGCCUAAAGAUACCAAUGUCCGGCGGUACCUCCAGCUGACACAGACAGAACUCAACAGCUACCAUACAAAAGAGAAACAACUGUACCUUGGCAUGUUUGGUUAAUAAAGAAAAGGGAUGCUCCAACACAUCAACUAAGGUGGACCAUUAAAGACCCAUUAAGGAGAAACCUGAGCCUCAGCAAGAGAAAUGAAUCCUGUAUCUCUGUUCCAGCUGAAUUUCUAUUUUGUUUCCUGUUCUGCACAGCUCUUUGCUACUUAGACCAUUUGUGUGUGUGUGUGUGUGUGUGUGUGUGUGUGUGUGUGUGUGUGUGUGUGUCCAUCUAUAUGUUUGCUAUUUGCUACCUUCCAAUAAAAUUUUACUGUUGGGGAUGUUUGCUUUGAAAUAUAGACCAGAAAACAUUCAUUAGCCAUGGGUGAAAAUAUUUCUGGCCAUGAAAUUUAAUGAGUUGUUUUAGGUGUAUUUCUAUACAGGGCAGAAGAGUAGCAGAGGAUGAAGUAAAGGGAGCAAAAGCCUCCAGUGAUUUUUGUUUUUCCUCAAAUGCCCAAACCCAAACUGAUAACUGAUCUUUUUGUCAAGCUAAAUAAUUGUAAGUAGAGCUCGAGUAUAUGUAAAUGAAAGGCUUACAGUGAA